AUUAUAAUAUGAUUGGAUUAAUAAUAUACCUUUUCAACCGAGGCUUCUAGUUUUAGCCCUCUUUCAAAACCCUAAUCUCCUACGCAGUUGGCCGUUCGUUGUCUCCAAGUCCCAACCUAUAAAUCCGAUCUUUCCCGUGGACCUUUGCAUUGGGUUGUCAGGAAAAACGAAUGCGAUUCCAAGGAUUUCCUUCUGUUUCCAUGCUGAAUUUCCCGUUGAAUUGAAUUUUCUGGGUCAUUUUCUCUCGUCGGGGGUUUUCUCCAAGGUUCAAACAUGGGGAAAAAUCAACAGUACAAAGCUAUGCAGAGAGCCAGGCUGGGAGCGAGCAGCUCGGCCCCCACUGAGCAGAUCGAAGACGGCAUGGUGGAUGGUUCUUUUCAUUCACCAGAGUGGCAUGCUGCUCGAUUGGCCAGCCUCAAGACUUCUCACACAAUUACUUGGGAAGAGUUCAAAAAGAAGCAAAAGGAAGAUGAAAUGAGAAAGGGGGAGUUAGAAGCAGAUAAAGAUAGAAUGAUGCGGGAAUAUAGGGCUCAGCUAGAUGCUGAAAGGGCUGUCAAGCUUGCCAAGGGUCGAAAUCAUUCAAAUAGUAAAUCUAGUCACAAAAAGGAUAAAGAUAAGGACUUGAAGAAACGUAGCAGCAAAAAGAGAAAGCGUUCAAGGCGGUCUUCCGAUUCAAGUUCUUCAAGUUCCUCCUCAGAAUCUUCUAGCAGUGAAGAUGAGGAGAGGGAGUCAAAAAAAUCAAAAUCAAGGUCGAAGAGAAGGAAGAAGGAGAAGAAGCGCAGGUCAAGAUCCAAACACUCUAGCAGUGAUGCGGAAGAAACCGGUGGGCCGGUGCCGCUUUCGAGAUUCUUUGGAACUUCCAAGGGUUAAACGUGUGUGCCUUGUGAUGUUGUAUGUGUUGGUGGUCCUCUUGCCGAAAUGUAGACAAGGGAUUUUUCUCAACUCACUGGAAAUUCGUCGCAGUUUCUUCCCUUAAAAAGAUUCAUUAGGUCUCUGUUUAUGUUACAGUUUCUUUUACCAUGAGAGAGGAUUUAUUUAAUGCGUUAUGGCGUUGUCUUGGCCUGGCAGGGAAGUUGUCUCAUUCGUUGUCCCUGGACCAAUGGUAGACGCGGAUGGUGUAGUGAGAGUGGGGAGGGAAGAAGUUAAAAAGCUUAGUAGAGGGAGGCAGAGAGGCAAGAGGCUUUUGCCCUAUCCUUGAGAGCUCUUGCUCAUGGUAGAAUUUGAUGUUUCAAUGCUCUAUUUGGUUCUAAUUGCAAUUUC